AUGGCAGCAACUAUUCAACCCGAGUUGAUGGCCCUACACAGGCUUUUGGCGUACCCGAAGGAAACGACGGUGUGGUCCUCGAAGGUGCCACAGAGGAGCACUGAUGAUUGGACUUUUGGAUCUGAUCACAGAGAGGGUGAUGGCAAUGACGAUGACGAAGAGCCCAUUACAAAGAGACUACGUCGUAGACAUGAUUUGAAGAGGAUACCGAAAUCUUGUUCGAUAGUAAGAGAGACCAGCAGAACGAGCAAGACAAAGAGAACAAAGAACCAAAAAGGAUCCGACAUGAAGGCAGGAGUUAUUAGCGGCUCAGUGAUAAGAAAUGAUAAAGCAAUUGCUUUUGACGAUGAUGACGAGGAUAACCAACCCAUUGGCAAGAGAAUCCACAUCAAAACCCAGAAAAGCAAACCACAACAGCAAAAAGGGACAGCAGGGGAGAACAUCGCAACAAGGCUCCCGAAAACAUCAAAGAAACCAACUGAGAAGUAUGAUGCUGAACCAAAAACUCCAUCAGCUACAAUGAUUGACUAUUCAGGAAUUCAGGAAUAUUCAAGUGAAUUUUUUGACAUGCACCCUGACAUCUUAUCGCAGCGAGAUCCAGAGUGCGAAAGGCUAUGGGUAGAAAUCGAGCGACGUUACCCAUUGAGAGACAUUAGCAUCGACUAGAUACAAACAAUUAUUCCAAAAGGGUCUUCAGUCCGCACACCGAGUCCACCAUGCCCAUCAUUCUCACUUGAGAUGACGCAGAUCUUCAAAACACCCACACC